UGUUGAGGUCGGUUCCUGAUAUUUACUAUACUCUCAUUCACAUUUUGUCCUCUUUGAUUCUUUUGCUGAUUCCAAAACAUCAUUUGUAUCAGUAUGAAUGCCACGACCAUUAACCUGCUUGUUUGCUGAAUUUGAUCGUUUUGAUUUUUCUUCCCCUUUUUGAGCAGUCGGAUUCAUUCUUGAGUCUGGUGUUUGUUGAUCAAAUAUCUCUUUUUUUUUAUGCUUGCCUCACCUUUUCAAAGCCCGUUGAUUCGAAAUAUGAAACGUGGCUCUUCCUAGUUCUGUUCUUAUUUUAUUUUGUUUUAUUUUUCUUUUCUUUCUUCUUCUCCUUUGGUACUCUGUUUUCGGUUACCAUUCUCUCUUUCCGAUGCUUGCUUAUGAGAUUCUUCUGAGAACUGCUGGAGUGGGGGAUUCGAAGUUGGAAGGAUGAGACAGAAAGAAGAUACAAGGUUUCUAUGCGAGUUCAUCUGCUAAAACCAAGGACAAUCCUCACUUGUUGCCCAGAUUCUUACCGCGAAGGUCUUGGCCAAUUCAGUCAAGUGAUAUGUGCAGCUCCUUCAGUGGAAAUCUGGGAAAGAUGUGACAAAUUUAGAGGUUAUCCCCUCAGGACCCACGUUGGGAGAAGAUUGUCAUGGCAAACGGAUAUGGGUAUGGCUGAUUUGAGAGCAACUUUUGUUAGAGGUCAGAAGCAUAAACUAAGUGUUUACAUACAUCAGAUGUGACUUUGAUGAUGUUCAAUAAUGCUCAUCGCUUAAAUGAAAAAGGAACAGGGCAUGGGAGUAUCCCAGACCUACAAGAAGAGGUCCUACCAGUGAUGAAACUGAUGAUUGCUUGAAUGCUUUGAUGAGGAAUUUUGACAUGCUUGCCUCAUGGAGGCGGAAAAGCAGUGAUUCUUCACCUGUCAAGAGUUCUAAAGAUGAAAAUAAUGCUAACGAUUGUUAGAUCAAAGAACUCUUCCCCCUCAACUCUUUCUAAUUAUGGUUACAGUGAGCUAAAGUAUUAUGUGAAUUUGGAAGAAAAGUGGAAAAGAUGGAAAAAUUGGGACAACAGGAUUUGCUCUCAGAAAUGCGUGAAGCAGUAUCCAAUGAGAAUCUUAGAGCAAUAGAUUCUAAUAUGCAAAUAAAUAAAAAAACUGAACUCAGAAGAUGCAGCCAGUUUUAAGAGUUAGCAGACCAAUUUUCAAACCUAAAGUGGGUCAAGAGCCAAAUCUGUGAGGUAGACAGAAUCUCGAGUCCCUCGUCUCUUGGAAAAGAUAUACAAAGUUUCUCUCUGAGUCAGCAAGGGUGAUGGAUGUGCUACUCUCACCUUGUCUACCAACUGCAAGCCUGUGCCAGACAUCAAUUCCCACCUAUUGGCCAGAAACUCCAUUGCAAUAUCAUCAAGACUGGCAUAGAUCAAUGCAGGUCCCUUUCCAACAACCUCAUAAACAUGUAUGGCAAAUGUGGCCUCAUUCAAGAUGUCCUUAACUUGUUCAACCAGCUGCCCCAUAGAGACCCACUUUCAUGGACCCCAAUUCUUACAGCCAACAACCAAACUAACAUCCCCCACUUGACACUUUCCAUGUUUCCGGCCAUGUCCAAACAAGACAGUUUGCAACCUGAUCAUUAUGUCUUUGCUUGCCUUGUUAAGGCCUAUGCGAUCUUGGGUGCAAUUAAGCAAGGCGAGCAAGUGCAUGCAACCUUUAUUGUGUCACCAGUUUCUGAUGAUGAUGUUGUAAAAUCAUCCCUUAUUGAUAUGUAUGCAAAAUGCUGUUCGCCUGAUAUUGGUCAUGUGGUUUUUGAUUCAAUUUCUUCAAAGAAUUCAAUUUCUUGGACUGCUAUGAUUCCAAGAUAUGCUCAAAGUGGCCGAAAAUUGGAUGCUAUUCAGCUAUUCCAGAAAAUGCCAGUGAAGAAUUUACUUUCUUGGACAACAUUGAUAUCUGGGCUGGUACAAAGUUGGGAACUGGGUUGAUUCGUUUUAUUUAUUUAUGGAAAUGAGAAGCAAGGGGAUUGUAACAGCUUAUGCAUCUCUGUACU